AAAACAGUUUAAAUUUGUCAAUUUUUCAGAUAUAGAAAUGAUUAGGUCCAAAGAAGAGAAUCUGCACUCAAAGUGAAUAAAUAAAACGAAUGGGGUGAAUUUUGCAAAUGCUACAAGUUGACAAAUAAACUCUAGAAGCAACAUGUUUUUAUUUCGAUGUAUAUGAUGUAACCUCAACAAGAUCAUGCCACCCCCUCCCCCACCUCCGGGAGCUCCUCCCCCUCCCUCCUUCUCUCUUGGCUCCGUCAAACCUGCCGGAGAAAGGAAGGAUUUAUUGAAAGAUAUUCAGGCUGGCGCUAAACUGAGAAAGACUACCACCAAUGAUAGAAGCGCACCUAUUGUAUCCACAGGGAAAGCCUCAACUCCUGCACCGUCCGGCGGAGGCGGCGGAGGAAGAGCGGAGAAUAAUUCUAGUCAGAAUGUUGGACCUUUGCCCGGUAUUGGCGGACUGUUUGCAGGCGGAAUCCCAACUCUUAAGAAAACUAAGGGCGGAGUCUCUACUGGGCGGAGUAACAAUGAUUUUGCUCCUUUAAACCGGGAUCCGACCCCUGGGAACGGGUCCUUGUAUAAAAACUCGUAUAAUUCUACUUCUUCUAGUCUGGACAUAUCCAAGAAAAGCUGUGACCGAACUCGGGGUGGGGGGUCUCUACACUCCUACUACUUCGGAGAAACCCCAGAUAUAAUUUCACCCGAACCCACUUUAUGUUCCAUACCAACAAGCAGACCAGGGCGUAAUAAUGGAACUCCUUCGAAUGGAACUCCUACUUAUGGAAUCCGACGGAACGGCGAGCUCAAUGGAAUAAAUGGAAACAAUCAAAAUUAUUCAAUUCAAAAAACAACUUCUACGGAUUCCAUGCUGCAGAAGGCCCCGGUUCCCCCUAAACCUGGAAAACUAUCCAAGACAAAAUCCUCGACCUUUAUAUCUCCUGAGCAGUCGGAGAAGAUUAUGUACAAUACUAGAGUUACCCUCACACUUAGGAGAUCAAGACAAAAUUUAAACGAAGACGACGGUGAUCCAGUUUACAGUAGAACACCGGUCAGAGAAAACUACUUUUUCGGAGAAAACGGCGGCGAAGAUACCCGAAUGACCCCAAGUUGUGUGCCGAAUGGUCGAGUAAGAAAGCGUGCUGAGGAGCUACGAUCUGCCUGCCCGACCCCGCCUCCCCUGGCGGUUAAACCAUCUCUUCAACACACUCGGUUUAGUUACAAUUGUACACAGUUUGGACAGAAAGGGUUGGAUCGUGUUAGCACCAAGUACUCCUCUAGUCCUCGAACCAACAGCCUAACUCUUCUCCUAGCCUUUCUCCAAGUCCUAGUCCGGUUGGAUCAACACCUACAAGAGGUCCACCCUUCCCCUCCUCAGCCCCGCCCCUGGCCGCCUCCGCCCCCCUCCAAUCCUAAACCUUCAGUGCCAAACACCAAACCAAACCUAACUCCUCGUGGACCUUCAGGUUCUCCUGGUUUAGUUCAUCCCUCGUCUAAACCUCCUCCUCCUCCUCCAUCUAAACCUGGUGUCUCCUCCUCGAAUCUAAACCUGGCCAGAAAUCAAACAGUUUCUAAAAGUUUUAAUCAAACCAUAGGACAUGGUCCUCAGGGUAGACCUGUUCUACAUAAUCUAGGAGAAAGAACAACAAAGGAUGAUACAAGUAUCAGAAAUGGACACGCCCCUCCUCCUCCGCUACGCACAGUAAGCCAAGCACAAAUAACUACGAACAAACUACCAACCCGUGCCCCGCCUCCUCCGCCCCCGGGACAUAAACGACCUUCCCAACCUCCUCCACCCCCUCCCUCCAACCCUCCACCUCCUCCGGGAAUUCAGCCUCCGAAUAAAGCGUUGCCUCCGCCUCCUCCAAACCAUUUGAGUGGAGAUCCUCCGACGCCUCCGACGCGACGGGAUAGUAUGUAUAGAGCAGGACACAACUCCUCAGGAUACAACAGCUCCGCCUCCUCCACCGGAGAAAGUUUCGAAUCCCGGUUCUCCUCGAGGUUUAAGGCUCCGCAGUUUCUCCCACCUCCGGAACCAUUUAGCGGUUGUCAGAAAACAUAUCCAAGCAAAAACACAAUUCCAGUUCGACAUGGAAGUCAGAUAAAACGAACACCUGCUCCUCCUCCUCCCCCCGGAAAGGGACAGGCUGCCUAUGGUAGCCUAGGACGGGCCCCUUCUGCUCCAAGACUGUGGACCACCACAACUACAGGGGUUCUCUAGAACCCCCCUCUCCAUAUACUAUUUAAACUAAUACAUUCAUUUUCCGACUCUCAUUCAAGUAUUAUCAUAUAUAAUUCCUAUUUAACCAGUUCAAACAGGCCUACCCUUAGAGAUUAGGUCACUAAUUACAUAUUAAUAUAUAAUGCAGAAACAUGUGAUAUUGAAUUAAGAGAACGCUAUAAGAUCAUGUUCUGGUUUUCCUUAUUUUACAGGCUCAGCACAGAUAUGGAAAAUUCAUUCUUUUCAAGGGGAGUCACCCUCAUACAACCAAAUGUCACCCAACUGUUGGGUGUUUUAUGAACAAAUUUACAAUAACGAAUUGGGUGUUAAAAAAUUGACCUAUUUGAACAAUUUGCUUUUUCUGCUUAACACCCCCCCCUUUCCCCUCCUAACUGUAAUUUUCUCAUUGUAAUUUUACUUUAUUGAUUAAAGAACUGUGUUUUCUGAUCGAUUUAACAAUGUUGACAAAUUAUUGUGACAAAUUUCCUUCUGUACUCGUGUUAAUGAGUGAUUAGAUUAUAUUUUGUAUACAUCAAUACAUAUGAUUGAUUAAUUAUUAAGUAAAUAUAA